AUGACGACGGGCAGAGGUACCGCUGGCAGUGGGUCUCGUGGAGGCCGCCGAGGGCGGGGGCGGGGCACCAGUGGCACUCGAACGCACGGAAGGGGUCAAACACGAGGACGAGACGGUGGCCGUGGAGGUCGAUCAAGCGGAGGCAGCGCUUGUGGUCGAGCGACAAGUACAGUCCGCAACGAGCAGGUCGCGUCCAAUCCGUCGAGUUUGCAGUUCAUUCGGUCCACGUUGAGGCGCUGCCCGAAUCAUAGGCUCAAAGAGGUGCUGGACCAGCUGGAGAAGCCGUGGCUGACUUGCUGGCAAGAGGUCGACCGGCUCCCGUUGGAUGCCUUGCAAACCCUCUUGUCAGCCGUAGCGCGUCUGCCAUUCUCGGCGGCGUCGCGUGCGCGCGUGCCUCUGCCUGCAAUUAGCAAAGCAGUGAGCGCGCUACUAGCGCAAGCGACGCACGUCGAAGGCGAUGCGUUCGACGAGAACGACGUCACACUUGAAGGCGUGAAACUCGUGGAUCGAGUGGUGACGAGUCUACUAAAAGCUACGUGGGACUUGAACCGAGACGAUGUGAAGGAUGCACUGGACGAGAUGAUUGCUCAAGCAGACGCGAGUUUGAAUAUCCGACUGCAAGCACAUCGUCCCGUGCGAAGUCGAUUGACUGCGUUACUAAGUGAGGUCGAGAAGCCAUGGAGCAUCAAAGUGAUAAAAUGCGAGGCUGUCUCAGUCGACGACAACGUCAUGUUAAUUGAUUGGCGGCAUCCAACCGUGGCGUGGCUGGCUGACUACAAGAGUUUUCAGCCGGCGCAAUUGCCAAAGAUGCAACUCGCUCGAGCUAACGAAGGCAGAGUGUAUCGAAGUAAAGACGAAUACUUUGCGACGAUUGUGCAACUAUGGAUUGGAAUGACAUUUGUAGAAGGUAACAACGCGUUACUACCGCACUGCACGGUGAAGAUGGGGGACAAAGUUUGUGACCAACCACUGUGGCCGUUUCCAGAGAAGAAUAGCGUUACGAAUUGCAAAAACUCGCAAUGUGAUCGAUAUGCAACCUUCUUGUGUGUGCACCGACAGCACGCCAAGGGAUACUGUAGCAAGUGUGCUGGCGAAUACCAGCAGAGAUUGCGAGGACCACCGUCCAAGCAUGCCUCGACACACAUCUAUGACGGGACCAUUUCGCAAAUCAAAUAUGACGGCACCAUUUCUAUUGAGCAAGUGGCAUCACGGAAACCGCCAAUAAAUCCCAUCCACUGGAAGACGACCAAGCGACUGUCAAGUCCUAACUUGGUAGGUAUCGUGAGACUUUCUAAUCGCGGCGUAUCGCUGCGGAACUCGGAUGAAAUUUAUUGGGGAGAGAUUAUCUUCCAGGGCAAAAGUUUUGACGAGUAUAAAGCUCGAGAGAUUGGAUGCUUGACGUUGCGUCUCCUUCAGUAUCUUGAUGAGCCAGGAAAUACCAUGCUUACGCAAAACCCGAGUGCUGGAAACGCAAUUGCAAUCAUUGAUUGCCAAACGUUUGUGCCGGAAUUUAUUCCAGUGUUAAAGGCGCUGGAGAAGCAACGUCAAAUGCCAGUGCCAUUCCAAGAUGGUGCACUUCUCAAUCUAUGCGAGCAAGCCGACUUUAGUCUUGAACAACUGGCUGUCGUCGAGGAUGCGAUUGGCGACGAGAGUAUUGAGUCCACUGCGAGCGAAAGCGUAGCUGACACAGAAAAAUUGGUUCGAGAUGUGAUUUGUGCAUCACUACUUGACCCGAUCGUUGAUAUUCGUCGAGAUGAGGCACUGCGAGGUCGUCUAGUAAUAUCACUAGCGGAGCUGGUAAAUAGUGCAACGCUUGAUUCAGGCCAAUUGAAAAGUUUCGCCAAGGCGCUAAUAUUUCCCGUGCAUUGUACGCAAGGACCACCUGGAACAGGGAAGUCGUACUUGGGUGUCGUUGUCGUCCGCGCUUUGCUCAUUGUGCGAGACUUUUGGAAACUAAAGAACCGUGAAGUCGGUGACCCUCCGAUACUCGUUUUGUCGUACAAGAACCACGCAAUUGACGAGUUCCUACUAGAAUUGCUCCGAUCAGAUCCCGCGCUGGACCAUGUCUCAAGAGAUUCUGGCUUUGGAACAUAUUAUCGUGGAAACAGUUUUAAGAAACUCGUUCGCAUUGGAGGAGGAUGUAGUGAACCAGAGCUUGAGCAGUAUCGAGAGCGCAAUGUUGCUCGUUCCGAUCCACAAGUGCAGGUCGUUUCCGAGCGCAUUGAUGGUUGCCAGGCAUUCCGCGAGGAUUGGAUCAAGUUUCGUGACAACUUUACGCCAAUUUUUGAGGCUCAUGCUACUAUUGUCGGCAAUGCUAGUUCAAUGGGUCUUGAAGAGGUUAAAGCUGUACAAAAGGCUGUACCAGCAGCGUCGUUGGUCGUGGCAACACUUUUGCAGAUGAAGAAUAUUCUAAAUAUUGAUGGUAAGUUUGGUGACAAGGUUGGCGAAUCGAUUGAUCAAUCGGUGCGAGAAAGUAGCGAGAACGAGGACGAAAUGAAGGGCGACUCCGGGUGGGAGUCUAUCGUGGAUUUAGUGUACCAGUGCGUUGUUUCUUCACCUAUCGAUGCCGUGAGAUGUGUGCUGAAGAAAAAGCCGGUGCUCAACAAUGGGGAUUUUGCAGGCUUAUACGAAGAAUUAGCAACGAUCAACAAUUUUGUGAAGACCAUGCCUGCUUCGUAUGCUUAG